AUGACGAAUUUCAGACAUUGCCGCACCAUCGGAGGCAUCUCCGCCGGCUUCUUACUGGUGACCAUCGCCAUCAUUACAGGUUACCUAAUGAUACACCCCAGCUUCUGGAUUCAUGUACAGCCGCCGGUCAAGGUCUCGGAGGUGUUCACAUUCGCAAGUAAGGAGCAACCCACUACCAUUACAAAGAAGCCAGUGGUUCUAGAUCGCAUCAUAAGACCAAAGCACUACGCCAUUGAUAUCAUCAAUCAGAGGCCCGGAUACGUAACUCUAUACAGAAUCAGGAACUCGUUCAAGGACACACACUACAUCAACCAGCUCAUACACAGAAACAUAAACGUCACAAUCAACCCUCCAGAAGCCACGGAAGGGUUACCAAAUGAUGGGAUCAUGUAUGUGCGCUACCAGAAGUGCGAUUGUUGUUCCAUGAUCUCGGUUCACUACAGGAAGCAGGGUAAGGUCCACUUCGAGGAGUACAUCAGGCGCAACGCGGAGAUGGCAUACGUCAAUUCGAGGGAGGCAAAACAGCACUUCCACGGCGAGCUCGUGCACAUGGAUACGCUGAUGUUGGAAACACGGCUAAUCGCCAAAAUGAUGAUGCAGAGUGCCACGGGAGUAUCGCUCGUAACACCCACGCACCAUGUACAGGUUUCGGUGCCCAGGGCGCCCGGCGAAAGAAACACCACCGUAAUAACAUGGAAGUUUGAGUACAGCAUACCAGACGAGAGGCUAACCGAUGUUGUCUACGUCGACUUCGAGGUUCACGGCGAUGCGUUCAGCCUGCCCAACACUACCAGGGAUGUAUUCGUCAAGAAGGCUGCCUACAAGGAUGGCGCAUACGGAUUGGUGGCUGCAGAGGGCGAAGAAUUCGAACACUUGCACAGAACCAAGUACCUCUUCUUAUACGACGAAAGGCAUCAUAUAUUGCGACACCUCUUCGUCGUCGACAAGCAGAAUCCCAACAUAGCCAAGGUCUAUCUCGUCGUAUACAACGAGCUCGUCUCGGUUGUCUCAUGUGUGGUGGUCGAGGCUUUGUUCAAGAAGGGAGCCUGGGCAGUGGGAAGUAGCAUCGUGGAACGCUACGACCUGCCCAGCACGGGCUUUUUAUCGGCGCAAGUGGUGCUGCCGCAGGUUGGGAAAUUGAGGCCACGACUCUACCCACAGGACUUCAAGUUCGCCCAUGAGUAUAACGAUGAGCAGACCUACUAUGUUGAUAAAAUACAAAUCGACAAUCGACACAGACCUGAUCAUCGAGUCCCGACGUGGGAGAUUGAGACACGCAUAAACGCCAAAGUAGACUCUGCUCAUGAAUUAAAAACAUCGGCACCACUGAACACGGAUCCCAUCACCCUUGCACUGGGACAAAACGUGCCUCCAGAGGUCACGCAGGUCACACUCGUCCCAGACAACACAAUCCACUACUACACGGUCGCGGAGGAGUAUCGGCACGAAAACCGCUUCAAGCGAGUCGCGUGCGAGGAUUUCAGAUACACCCUGUACGAAAAUGACGUCGAAAUGGAACAAUCGCCUGACUACAUUACAGGAGUCACGCACUACACACUGCCUGGCUGGAAGAAAAUCGACAUCGAGUUCUCCAGAGAAGGUAGGCCGCACUUCGAGCAGUAUCUCAAGACGGAAGAGGCCUAUGGCUUUACGCAGACAUUGGGGGCCAUGAUGCCCGGGCAGGAUAGACCGUAUCUGCUGGAUAACGUUAUGUACAAAGGCAUCCUAGUACUCAAGCUCAUGUUGCAAAACGACAAGGGGCUGUCGCUAAUCGAUCAUAACGUCAGCCCAAGCAUUGUGGUGCACCUCAAUGGCAACCAACACUCCUGGUCCAUGACAUACCUAGUCCCCAUAGUCAUACCCAAUGUCGAUUUCUACCACAGGCUGCAGCUCAAAUUGACCUGUGAAAACAACGUCAUCAAGGUGGAGCCUGCCAAAGAACUAGCCUUCAGGGUCAGCAGUGGGCCCCAGGGUGCAGUCCUCAAGACUGCGGAAAUCGAUCCCUCGAUGGCGCCGCAUGUAUCCGCCACGAGCGAAAAACAUGACAGAAUCAUACAGCACAUCAUGGUGCAUGAGCAGGACGACGAGGAUAAACUAUUGCUCUACACCUUCAUAUACGAUCAAGAACGUGCGGCGCUCAUCUGUACCGUGCGCCCGUUCGUAAGUAUAUACGGUGUAUGGCAAGCCGGACAUCAAGACUACUCAUUCAGAGUAGACCCAGCGACUGGAACUAAGGUAAGUGCGACGGACACAUUCCAAUAUCCCUGUGUUAACUAUCACCCGGUGACGCUGGUGAUACCCGAUGUCAAUAGCAUGCCUGCCGUGUACCCGCAGGAAGCCGGACGCGUCCGCAGAGUCAAGCAGACCAAUAUAUUCACCAUUAACCUGCUCAAAGAUGGGAAAUUCGCCAUAUCGGAUAUACGGUUUACCGAUCUGUUGUGGAUACACAUGUCAGGCAUGCCCAAAACAGCGAUCGAACUCAAUCUGCAGCAACCCAUACAACACGAAAUAAAGUCCAUGCAAUGGAGAAAUGGCGAAACUAAGUAUUACGCAGUGAAGACCGACUUCGGGCCCACGCACUACAUAGAAACGCUGGUUUACAACGGGCUUUAUUACAAAAUGGAUGAGGAAGAGCAGGAUCACGGGGAAACGACCGCAAUCAAUUCCGUCAGGGUGGUAAACAAUGGCAAGGAGGAGACUGUGCACAUUAAGUACAUGAAAAGCGGUGUUCCCAAGUUGACGUGCUUCUACAGGCAGCUGCCAGACGGAGUCUUCGUUGAGCAAAUUGGAUGCAAGCAAUUACAGGAGGACCUGCCUACCAUGAUUACUUCUGUGCUGUAUGGAGAUAGGCUCGCGGUCAAUGUUACACUAGAGAACGAGAAAGGGCAGUCCUUGUUGGAUCCGAGCAGAAGGCCCAGCAUAUUGGCUUUCGUCGGAGACGAACAAAACCACCCCAAACUCAGGUUGGCAUUGCCGAUCAAACUGCCGGACUUGGAAGUCAAAGACCUGAUCGAUAUAGCUUUCGUCGUCACUAAUGGAAAGUUUGUGCACGAAAAUAUACCUGGAAAGUCAAACGGGCGAGUUGUAAGAUACGAUGAACAAGGAAAACCAUACAUAGCGCCAGCUGUAGGUGAACACUUCAGAACUCUGGUGGGGACGCAUAUGAGAAAGCUGUUAUGGGAAAAACUCAUCUUGCUGAAGGUUAUAGUAGUGCCACACAAAGAUGAGGUUAAACAUGCGGACGUUUACAGUUUCAUUUACUGGCCCAUGAAUUCAACUGUAUUCGCCAAUGUGCAGAGCGCAACGUUGCAGCGAGGCCGCUGGUUGCUCAAGCCGGUCCCAGUUGACAGGUUCCAUGUGCCCGCCGCAAAUGUCGCACAUGUGGCUUUCUUCAUGCCGGCUAAUCAUACUGUUGAGCCCGUACUAUACCCGGAAUCUGGUGGGAUAGUGCGGGAACUGAGCGCGAAGAACUACUAUGCCGUCAAUCUCAACAGAGAUGGCAAAUAUUCGGAGAUUGAUGUACAGGGCGAUGCCAUUCCAGUUGUAAAGAUUGAUGACAUGCCGAGGGCAGCCGUCAUACUCGACUUGGUGCAACCGUUACCGCCGGAAAUACAAGUUGUAUUCACAUCCCACAGAACGCAAUACUAUGAUGUUAAGUGGCAAUUCCGUCAUACGCACUUCAUCAGCGAAAUCGCGUACAAAGGCCUGCGAUUUAAGGUCACAACGGAUGAGGGGACACUCUAUCGUCCAGAAGAUGCGAUUAUGGACGUCGAGCUCAUUAGAAGGGGUGAAGAGGAAUAUGUAAACCUACAGUACAUCAGAGGUGGAGGCAACCGCUACAUGAAGUACUUCAAAGCUGACGACGCGAGCGAGUUCAAGCUUAUAGAUUAUCCAUCUCGUGCAGCUGACUCGCCGCCGUAUGGGCUGGACUAUAUCACAUAUAGCGGGGCACUUGCCUUCAGAUCUAAUCUGCAGUCCUUGGACGGAACUUCGCUGAUUGACGAAACGGAGUCAGCCGCGUUAUUAAUGCAUCGCGGAAUUGGUAUACAGACUUCCUUCAGAGUUGUCUUGCCUAUCAAGUACCCGGGAUCGGACGUAAAGGAUAGGCUGCAUUUGUCUUUCCACUCGCAUCGUGGCAGGCUUGUUCUGCAUAAUUUCGAAAACGCUAAUGUCGCAUACAACGCGUUAUCACUGGACAAUGCAACAGAAAGAUUCCUACCUGCAACGGCACCUGCAUUCAGCGAUAUCAGUGAUAUCAAAACCGUCACAUUCGACGGCCGAAUACACAGAGUCAUUCAGGGAACAGUGGUGCCAGUGCGCGGAGAAAGAGACAAGGCAGUCAUCUAUUUCUUUUUGUACGAUUUCCUAAAGACGGUAUUAUACUGCGUGACGACCGAAACCAAGAUGGUGGAUGGGGUAUACCAGUAUACAGGCGUGGUGAAGCAGAAAUUCAUAUACCCCGUGAAAAACAUUUCAAAAGUCCAUCUUAAUAUACCCCUCGAUAGAACGGAAAGUUGCGCAGUGCACCCUGAGGAUGCAACCACGAUAGUGGAAUUGACUCCUCACUGGUAUGCGUUGAGCUUUGCAAAGGUCGAAAAUCCGGAUGACUACCGCUUGCACCCGUAUGACGCCGCGUUCAUCGGAGCCAGCGGAAUGCCAAGAUUGCCGAUUAUCUUACAACUAAAUGAACUCAGGCAGAGGGAGGAGAUUCAGGUAAUCAAUCUUUCGCAGCCGCAAGGGUUGUACUACAACGUGCACCCGACCUUCACUCCGACGCACCUUAUCACCGGCAUCCAUGGGUAUGAGUUGGAAGGGAUGGAGCUAGGCGAGGAGGAUGGCGAUGCUCCUCCCCCUACAGAGAUAUUCUACGUUCAUAAGACUUCAGUCGCCUCUUGGGAAAGACUCUCCAUAUAUGGAAAAGUUGGUAAAGCGUAUUAUUUCAAAGAAUACCUCAAGAACGACUACCAAUACCUACCCGUCAGAGGCAGUAUCGUCCCCGCAACUGAUGUGCCGUACAUGUUCACCACUUUGUUGUACCAUGACCGCGUCGCGCUUAGAGUGCACUUGCAAAGCAUGCAGGGGACCUCACUCAUCGACCCAUCGGAGUAUCCCACUGUAGCUGUAUACGUUGGUGAAGGAGUUGAGAGCGGCAUGCUUUUCUUUGCGAUACCGAUACGAUACCCAAAGACUACAGUCAGGGACAGGUUGCAGAUGAAAUUCGUCAUCGGCUAUGACAACAUGGAGUACGAACCACAUUGGAAGAGGGGACCAAAGAACGAGACCGUAGUCUAUGGACACAACGGAAACUACACGAUCGAGCAUCGCAGGUUCACGGAAUACGCAGAAUACCUCAACUACAAUGGCGGUAUCAGGGACAAGAAUGCACAGCAGUAUGUCAUCAAAUCGGUGCUUGUACCCGAACGUGCCAAAACCCCUUCCAAGGCACACGUCUACACUUUCAUGAUUGACAACGUCACAAGGAUCCUCACUUGCCGCUCUUCGAUCGCGAACAUGGUGGACGGUAUCUGGAAGAUAACACCGGCAACGGAUGUUGACUACGCGUACCCAUCAUCGGCUCUAGGGUCCGCGAUCCUUGACGUAAUGCCCGACGGAUUCACUGCGGCGCCCAUAUUAUAUCCCAACGAAGCGGGGGAAGUGAAGGUGGUCGAUGAUCAUCUUUAUGUCGUCAGGCAGAACAACACGCAUGUACAUCUGGUGUCGGACGUACAUCCAAUGGAUGUUAACAAAUUGAGGAGUCAUUCCUUCCCCAUCAUGCCCAUUGACCUGGAUCUGGAGGACGAAAUGCCGGAAGAGGUUGCUGUGGAGAUAGGCGAAAUGCGCGACGCAUUUGUAUAUAAAGUGAAGGAUACCUUCGCACUGUCACAUUUCAUACGGAGACUCAAAUAUCGCGAGCUUGAUACGCUCAUACAGACUCGUGAGGAGGCGAUGCAGAAUAUUGCCAACAAGCUCUCCGUCAUAAAGGAGUCUAACGAAACUCACGAGUUUGUUUACGUUGUACUGCCAAACGAGAAGAGGCGAAUUGCUGAGCUGCCUCUAAGAAUAGAAUAA